GAGCGUGGUGGUUUAGCUGGAAACGCCGGAGAUGGGGGGCAGAGGCCAGCCGAGAAAGAAAGAUCCGCUGCCUAAGGGUGGUGCUGCAACAAAAACAAUAGAUCUGAAAGAUGAUAAUGGGGAGCAAAAUAGCAUCUCAGUUGAGGAAACCAACAAAGAGCAAACAGAGGUCGUGAAGCUUGCUGCUUGUGAUCCUCACCAGAUGGGUCUUGAAAUUGAGAAAUCAGGGUGUUUGAGCCCAGAUCUAGGGGAGAAAGAAGGGGACAAUGAAGGGAUUUUUCUAGAUCUAGUUGUCUCGACGCAAGGCCAGAGGAAAAGCAUAUCUGAUGCUGGUUCCAGGGAUGAAAGAGCAGAUAAGGGGAAGAACAAGGCCGGCCCCGUGGAAGGGAAAGUAGCGAAGGGGAAGAAGGGAGUGCACUCAGAGACUCAGCCUUCUGUCAUCCAGAUGAAGCAACCUUCUGGGGAAAAGGAUGCUGGUUCUACAUUCGGUACGACGAUUUCUCCUAGUGCUCGGUGGAGUGACCUGAUUGAGAAGGAGAAAGGGGAAUUUCAACCAUCCCUAAAGCAGAAGCCACUGCGUAGUUGGGCUUCGGUUGUGGAAGGGAAUAGGGAUAUCAGUAAAGGAUGGGAUUUGCAAUACAUAAAACCUCAAGAUCCAACUGGUGCUGUGGUUAUUACCGAGGAUGAGUGGGUUAAAGGGUCAAAGAUUUGGGAGAAUGCUCUUGUUGGGUAUGUUGUGGGAUCUAAACUUGAGUUUAAGGAUGUUGCUAAUUUCAUGAAUAAUAGGUGGAGGGAAUUCCAGGUGCCUAAGGCAUUUAUGCUGUGAAAUGGAGUUUUCUUGUUUGAUUUUGUUUUUGUAUCUAAAUAAGAAAGUAAUUGAAGUGUGAAGUCAUUUCUAGAGCAUUUGUACCUUUGAAAUUUAUCUUUUCUACUCUGUAUCUCUUUGGUGAAUUCCAUUGGGUGGUGAGUUAACCCAGACCUAUAUCUUUAAGGUGAUGCUUCAUGCUUCUGUAUCCUUAAAGUGAUGGCCCAUAAUCCCAUUUUAUCACCUUAUUUUUCCUACCCUACAUCAUAACUACUAUCGGAUCCUCCUCUAAUACAUCCUCUGUAAUUUU